AUGCGCCUGCUGGCCACGCCCCUUGCUCAAUUAGAGAAGGUUAUUAUUUGCGAUUGGUUGAAUGUGCCGACCCGGAAGGGUGGAUUCUCCCGGCUGGGUGGCGGGAAGAUUUUAUUGCAGAGCAGGACCGACAGGUGGGUAGCAGUUUCCAGGCCCUGGCUGUUUGGGCUUGGGGACCCGGGUGUAGAAGGCGGCUUCUCUCACCCUCAUGGACAGAGGUUAUGGGGAAGCAGGUAUCCUGCUGAAGAGUGCACUUUGCCACAGAAAGUUGCAAAUAUAACCAAACAUUCAGAGAAGCCAAAGAAGCUGCAGGCCAACUUGCUGCAACAGGGAGCUUUAGCAAGAGCUGGAGGAACUGGCUUCUGCCGCAUGGCAACAAGGUUUCAAAAAGAAUCUGACUUUGACCUUAAUACUUGGACUGCACUAACCGAGGAAUUGGAUUCUGUAACCAGUGAGCUACAUGCAGUAGACAUUCAAAUUCAAGAACUCAUGGAAAGGCAACAAGAGCUCCUUCAGAAAAAAUCUGUCCUAACAAAGAAAAUAAAUCAGUGUUUAGAGGAUUCUGAUGCUGGGACAAGCAACGAGUGUGAUUCUUCACCUGCCGCUUGGAAUAAAGAAGAUUUUCCAUGGUCUGGUAAAGUCAAAGAUGCUCUGCAAAAUGUCUUUAAAUUGCAGAAGUUCAGACCACUUCAACUUGAAACUAUUAAUGUAACAAUGGCUGGAAAGGAGGUGUUUCUUGUUAUGCCUACAGGAGGUGGGAAAAGUUUGUGCUACCAGUUACCAGCAUUAUGUUCAGAUGUUAGAUCUAAAAGCAUGAUUAGCUUGAUUAUAUUUGAACUUGUUUUUGGAAGCAUAUGCCUGCCUGAGCAUGUGAAAUGGGUUCAUGCUGAAAUGGUAAAUAAAAACUCCAAGUUAAAGCUAAUUUAUGUGACUCCGGAGAAAAUUGCAAAAAGCAAAAUGUUUAUGUCAAGACUAGAGAAAGCCUAUGAAGCAAGGAGAUUUACUCGAAUCGCUGUGGAUGAAGUUCACUGCUGUAGUCAGUGGGGACAUGAUUUCAGACCUGAUUAUAAGGCACUUGGUAUCUUGAAGCGACAGUUUCCCAAUACAUCACUAAUUGGGCUGACUGCAACUGCAACAAAUCAUGUUUUGAAAGAUGCUCAGAAAAUUUUGUGUGUUGAAAAGUGUUUUACUUUUACAGCUUCUUUUAAUCGUCCAAAUCUUUACUAUGAGGUUCGGCAAAAGCCUUCAAACACUGAAGAUUUUAUUGAGGAUAUUGUAAAGCUCAUCAAUGGGAGAUACAAAGGACAAUCAGGAAUCAUAUACUGUUUUUCUCAGAAAGACUCUGAACAGGUAACGGUUAGUUUGCAGAAUUUGGGAAUUCAUGCAGGUUCUUACCAUGCCAAUAUGGAACCAGAAGAUAAGACCAAGGUUCACACAAGAUGGUCAGCCAAUGAACUUCAGGUAGUAGUGGCAACAGUUGCAUUUGGAAUGGGAAUUGAUAAACCAGAUGUGAGGUUUGUUAUUCAUCAUUCAAUGAGCAAAUCCAUGGAAAAUUAUUACCAAGAGAGUGGACGUGCAGGUCGAGAUGACAUGAGAGCAGACUGCAUUUUGUAUUAUGGCUUUGGAGAUAUAUUCAGAGUAAGUUCAAUGGUGGUCAUGGAAAAUGUGGGACAACAGAAGCUUUAUGAGAUGGUGUCAUACUGCCAAAACAUAAGCAAAUGUCGCCGUGUAUUGAUAGCUCAACAUUUCGAUGAAGUGUGGAAUUCAGAAGCAUGUAAUAAAAUGUGUGAUAACUGCUGUAAAGACAUUUCAUUUGAAAAAAAGAAUAUAACAGAGUACUGUAGAGAUCUAAUUAAGAUCCUGAAACAGGCAGAAGAACUGAAUGAAAAACUCACUCCGCUUAAACUGAUUGAUUCUUGGAUGGGAAAGGGUGCAUCAAAACUGAGAGUAGCGGGUGUGGUUGCUCCUGUACUUCCUCGUGAAGACCUGGAGAAAAUCAUUGCACACUUUCUUCUACAGCAGUAUCUUAAAGAAGACUAUAGUUUUACAGCUUAUGCUACCAUAUCGUACUUGAAAAUAGGACCUAAAGCUAAUCUUCUGAACAGUGAAGCACAUGUGAUUACUAUGCAAGUAAAGAAGCGCACACAGAGCAAUUUCAAGGUUGAGACAUCUGAAGCUUAUCAUUCUGAACAAGCUGAUAAAAAGAGGGAAGGAAAAACUUCAGGUAACUUCCAGAAGUCCACAAACAUGCUUCAACAGUCUGGUUCUAAGAAUACAGGGGCUAAGAAAAGAAAAAUUGAUGACGCCUGAAAUAACUAUUACGAAUUUUCCACAACAAUAACUGUUUAUGCAUGUACACAUUAUUAUUUUUGUAGUUAAUAGUUUAUUUUAACAACAAUUUCACUGAUACUUUAUAUAGAGAAAACUAUUUUUAGAGCUUAUCUUUGUGAAGAUUUGAGAAUUUGAGACCUUUAAUUAUCAAUAAUUAGGAAUCAAGAAUUAUAUAAUUUUACUGGGGCUGGGGUUGUGGCUCAGUAGUAGAGUACUUGCCUCCCACAUUUGAGGCACUGGGUUUAAUCCUCAGCACCACAUAAAAAUAAAUAAACAAAAUAAAGAUAUUAUACCCAUACAUAACUAAAAAAUAUUUUAAAAGAAUUAUAAUUUUACAAUAUAAAACAAGAAAUACAAAUAAUUUUUAUGCAAAAUUUUACAAAUACAAAAUAACUGACAAUAAAUUCAUCUGGCUUUCUUACAGUCUUUAUGUGUUGGUAUACCUAAAUGUAUUUUUUUCUUUUGAUGUAACUUUUUGAUGGCACUAUUAAACUGACACAGGCUCAUCACUACAACUGAGUGAUAUUUUAAGCUGAAUAAUGAAAAUGAAUUCAUCAGGUUAUAAAAAUAUCUAUAAUUCAAAAAGAAUAAGACAUCAAUAUAAAUAACAUUAGCAAAUAAGUUACAGCUACAUCUCUAUUUCAGGGAAAUGAAACUGUAAGCUUUCUUAAACUAUAUCCCUACUUUGACAUUUUACAGUCAAAAAUGAAUCUGGUCUAUUAGAAUACAUUUUGGCUAAAUAGAUAAGAACUUGGUUAAAUAUGCUCCCAAGCUAAAUCAUAAGUAAAAUGUUUAAGUUCAAAAUAUAAAAAAAUGUGUAACUUAAGAUUUCUUAUAUAAUAAGGGGCCAAUUUUGUGUUAGAAAUAUAUCUAUAAAUAAAUUAUUUGAACUGAUUUCGUCUUUAGAAUUGUAUUUAAUACUUUUCCCACUAACAUCAUUAUCACUUCUAUAUAUAACUUCAGUGUGGCCAUCAUUAGAUUAUUGCAAUGAUUCACUUUACUGACUUCCAGUUUUCCUCAUUUGGACCUUUAUAUAGUUCUUGAAAAAAUUUCCAUUUUAGUCAAAAUAAUCUUCUAUAUCAAUAUUUGGAUCUAGAAGAUCUUCUCCAUAUGAUGAAAGAUCCAUUUGGUUUAGAAUUAAAUUUUCAAAUGUUUCCUCUAAAUCAGUUUCACCAAUUAAGACAGCUCCCAUCAUUCGCCCAUUUUGCAUGACGACUUUGACGUAUUCUUGUCCUUUGGUACACCUCAGCAUUAAUUCAUGAUCUGAACCUAAGCCCUGUGCAUUGUAUUUUCCCAACAAUACAACCUGUAUAUAGGGAUAAAAAAGUUUCUUGUGAGUACCUAAUAGGAAAUAUAAAAUUGUGCAGUUACUUUGGGUCAAGCUAGAAUAGCCAGCAGAAAAACUGUUCAACAAAAUUUUAGCUGAAAAUGUCAUUGGGGAGGAUCUCAAAGAAAACAUUCUAAUGUCAUGCAUUUAUUCUACAUAUAACACUACCACAUAAUCUGCACUAAUAUUAAAAGUAUCAGUGAAUAUGUUAAUGUAUAGUAUUAACAUUAAAAGUGUCUAGAGAAUAUAAGGGGAUGUACUUUAUAAUCUACAUGAAUAUUAAAAAUGUCUAGUGAAGAAAUACAUGAUAUGUGAACUAUAUUCGACUGGAGUCAUUGUUUAAAGAUUGAAAAAACUGAGAGCUUUCAUGGACAAAUUAUUUAAUCUCUCUGAGCCUUACAAAUGUAUUUUUCCUUAUAUAUAAAUUAGGAAGGUAAAGACCUGCUUUGGAGUGAUGCAAAGAGAACUAAAAUGUACAGGAGAAACUGGUUCAUUAUUGAGUAUGACAGCUAACAGGUGAAUCUCAAAUAAAACUCAGAAAUGUACAAUAGGAAA